AACAUACAAUUCUUGGAAGGAAAAAGAAAAAGAAACAAGAAACCCAUGAAGUACAGUGAGAUAUCCCACUUCAGCCACCCCCUGCACUCCCUGAAAUUCGAGUACUCAGAAUUCCCAUUCAAGUGUGAUGGAUGCAAAGAAGUAGGGAUAGGGUCUCGCUACAAAUGUUCCAAGUGUGAUUUUGAUCUCCACAUGCACUGUGCAAUCCCUUCUGCUUCAAUCUACCACCCUUUCUACACCAAAUGCUCCUUCCAGUUCCUGUCUCGACCCCCAGGUGACAAGCCUCGUUACUGCAAUGCUUGUGAAAGGGAUGUCAAUGGGUUUCUGUACCAUUGCAAAGAUUGUGGAUUUGAUCUUCAUCCAUGUUGCGCAAAGUUGCCAAUGGUGCUUGAUGAUGGAGAAGUGAAGCUGUAUUUGUAUAAGAAAGUGAGUGCAACUUGUCACAAAUGCGGACGUAAAGGGAGGAGUUGGAGUUACAGGUCUUCAUGCAAGAAGUAUAAUCUUCAUGUGGCUUGUGUUAAGGACAUGUUGGUGGAGAAUUGGGCUAGUCUUUAUCUUGGAAGAUCCUCAGAUCAUCAUCAUGGGAAUACUACUUGUAGUAGCUAUGGUAAUGGUAGUAGAAAUUUGGAGACUAGAAUUCCCAGCUUGAAAAAUGCACUCCAAACCCAUCACCGUAAGAGCAAGGGUAAGGUGCAGAAAUGUUGUGAGAUGGCUGGAUUAGCUGUGCAAUUUGUGAUCUCCGCCGUGCUGGGUGAUCCCACCACCAUUAUUGCUGGGGUUAUUGGGUCUUUGAUUUGAAGAGGAUGAUAUGGGUGAUGCGAAUGCAAAGAUUAAUUAAUGGGGAAAGGAAUAUUUGGUUAAUUGUAAUGGUUUUAUUUUCAGUAUAAUUAUUGGAUUUUUCUUACCCAUAUUUGUUCCAUUAUUUGAUCAAGAUACAAAAUGUAUAAUGAGAUUCUUCUAUUAAAUACAUAAGUUUCA